AUGAAUCUUUCUCCUUUAGCUCCACUCCGCUCCGCUCCACUCCAACCGCGCCACCUCGAUCGAGCCCCCCGAAAUCCUCGAGAAGAUCCCGGAAAUUUCCCCGGAAAAAUCGAUACCGCCUCGGCUUCGACCCUCUCGGCACAGAUGCCGCCCCUCGCGAAACUGCAUAAUGGAAAUCCUAUGUCGAGAGUUUCGGUGAGGAUAAACCCGCACCGGAACGAAAUCGAAAUCGGACAUUCCGGAGUAAUCCGUGGCGUGCGAAUCACCGAAAAUGACGGGGAUGAUAACGGAAGCGGCGUUCUUUCAAGCAGCCUUCUAGCGUUCGAGGCUAUGACAAUGGAUUGGGAUUGGAUCCGAGCGGGUGUCUCCACGGCGGUGCCCCGCAACGCAGGGCCGGAAUGCGCGGUUUACCUCAACCCGACGUGGCGAGUACUCGAAACCGUCCUGGCCCUGUCCAUCGCGUCUUGGUUGAUUUGGUUCUACUACCCCAAACUGAGGUUGCCGGACGGGAAGUACCUGCGAAGGAACACGGUCGACAGGACGGUCCUGUUGGUGGCGCUGUGCGUCCUAUUAGGGUUGGAAAUUGGGUACAAAUUUUCGACUAAAACUGUGAUAUUUCUGUUGAAUCCUUGUCAUAUUACUACGGCGAUACAAAUUUUCCUGUUAGCGUCGAAGCCUAGCAAAACAGUAACUGCAUUAUUUAGGUUGCAAUUGAAUUUGAUGAACGGGCCGGUAUUGGCGUACAUGUUUCCAGAAACCGACACCAGAUUGUUGCCGCUCGAGAAUUUCGUCUACUGGGCCCAACACGGGAUGAUUUUUGUUGUGCCUUACUAUCUUUUACGCAUGGGAGGUGAAUUUAAUAUCGAAGACCCUUGGGACAUGUCAUGGUGCGGCGUAAGUUAUGGCAUCAAUCUUUUGUAUCAUUUCGUUAUUCUUCAGGGAUUUUCAAUACUUACAGAAAUAAAUCUGAAUCACAUGCUUUGUCCGGCCAUACUGGACCCGUUCGAGAGUCAAUUAUACAGAACAGCAGCUAUAACACAUGAAGCGUUCUUGUGCCCGUUCCUCUGCAAAAUGUACUGCUUAGUGGCCAAGCGUUUGCAAGAUUCGGCCAAGGAGAAGCGCUGAUGAUUUCGAAAAUUUGCUAAUUAACACAUGUAGUCGGGUUGGAAAUUUUAGGAGCGACACGUAGUUGUUGAAAAUUCGAUUAUUUGAAGUGGAUAUAUUAAUAACUAGGUAGAACUAAAAGGUGAUGAAUUGUGAUAUUGUAGUAAUUAAAAGUUUCACAAUGCUGGAAAUUGUAGAGUAGCAUUGGAUUUGUUUAGAGAAAUAUUACAAAAUUGCCACUUCUUUCUCGAAAUUGAGUUAAUGGAUUGUGUUGCUCAAGGUGAAAGUAUUAAAAAUCUUAUGCAACGAUAUUCAUCAAAAUUUUCACUUACCUAAUAGAAACUUCAAUACUUCCAAUCAAAAAAUCUUUUUAAAGUACAAUAAUCUGCUAGAAUUGCUUGACUACUUUUCUUAUACCUUGAAAUUAAUUGAAUGCAGUCGUUUUUCCUAAUAUCAAUAAAAAUAGUACCUAGAAGAGUUGUGGACCGAAUAAUUCGGUACUACUUUAUACUCGUAUGUAUUAAGCUUUGUACUCAAUGAGAAUUUGACCAGUUCAUGGAUUAGUCAGUAAUAAUAAAAAUAAUGUGUAUUGGACAAAUAUUUAUUGGGAACAAAUCUAUUCAUUAGAAUUAGUAAGUUUUUUCAUACAGUUAAUACUGGAGUGAAAAUUUAUAAUUAGAAUGCAAAGAAUAGAAUAGGGAUUAUGCU